AUAAAAUGAAAAAUAUAGCUUUUUUUGUGAUGCGUUGUUUGCCGAUACAAGUCUAACUAGCUGGAUUUUUUUUGUCUUUACACGGCCUUGUAAUUAAGCAAUUAUGGCCAGCAUGUCGAACUAUGCACUGCGCAUGGCCAGACUGAGUGCUCAAAUUUUCGGGGAUGUCGUCCGCAAGACGGACCCCAAGUCCAUGAAGGUGGUCCGCCUUUUCCAGGAGCCUCCCAUGGCCAAGAGGAAAGAGGUGUACGACUGGUACCCGCAGCACAGGAUCUACUACGCCAUGACGCAGAAGCUCAGGUUCAUGGGACUGUUCAGGGACGAGCAUGAAGAUUUUAAGGAUGAGAUGCGUCGCCUGAGGAAGCUGAGAGGAAAAGGCCCACCAAAGAAAGGAGAAGGGAAGAGAGCAAGCAAGAAGAAGUGAGCCACGACGUUGCCGCUGCAUCACUUUGGAACUGGAACUGUAAAGAGCCUUUCGUGAUCGACCUUCCAGUACGUUCUUCGGAGCAUUCACAACAUCAGUGGGCUUAGUACCCAGCCACUGUGGAUGAUGGUCAAAUGAGACGUCCAAAAAAAAAAAAAAAUCAUGAUUGUAUUUGUAGUCUGUGUCUUAUUCUCAUUGUGUUGCAUUUAAGUUUCACAAGUGGAAACGUUUUUGUUGACUCCAGAUGGAUUGUCACUGAGUGUUGAAAGUAUUCAAGGAAAAAAAUAAAAGUACAACUACAUUCAA